CUUUAUACAGAUGCGGCAUAUGGUGGUGACCGUUAUAAAAUCAUCAGCUAUAGCGGCUAUGAGACCACGUGGGAACAGGCUCGCACUGAAUGCCGUAGACAAGUCGGCUGGGACCUCGUAAGGAUUGACAGCAGAAAAGAGGACGAUGCCCUUAAGGCUCUUCUGGCAGCUCAAUGCAACGAAGGAGGUGAUGGAUGGUUCAUAGGUGGAAGGUCAGAAAAUGGCGGCCUCUGGACUUGGGCAGACGGCUCCCAGAUGAUCUAUACACAUUUCUCAGAACCUUCCAUGCUAGAUUCCCAAAGGCCCCGCGACACUUUGCCUCGUAACCCAUUAUCAUCCAACACAGUAGCACGUGACCAAAUGCAACGUGAUCCAGUAUCACGUGGUGGCCGGAUGUCUCUCCGCCCUCGGUUUGACGUCGGCAACACUGAAUACGCUGCUAUUCUGAAGGAGGAUCUGGAUUGGACGAAAGUUCCGUCCAUCUCCAGCCUCAGAAUGGGAUACGUUUGUGAGAGAACAACGUGUUCCAACAGAUCUAGAUUGUAAGAAAUAAACUGAAUAAAA